AUGGACAAAGUCGACCUCGAAGCUCCGCCAUUCAACGCCGACGUCAAGAAAAAGCCCGCGGUCGUCUUCCUAAGGCUGAAACGAAAGCGCACCGAUGAACGGAUGGACCACCUCGUGGUGUACAGCGAACCGGACUCGAAACGGAUCAAAAAUGGGUCCUCGGACCUCUUACAGGCGUUCACGGAGCUCUCGACAACCGAGAAGCGCUUUGUCUUCAAGCACAUUGACACAAUGGACGAUCCAGGAGCUUCCAAACGUGGAAAAUGGACAGAGCGACUCAAGCGCAAGGCCCGAUCGCUUCAAGACAAACGUGCUGUUCUGAUGGCCAAGAAACCUGUCGCUGCUGUUUCUCAACCUGAUGUGGCAGGUUGGAAGCCGACGUUGCAACGCGUGAAGCAGCAGCAGAGUCGAUCCAAAGCUCUUCGGAGUGAAGAAAUGCUCAGAGCGAGAGGGUUGCAACCAGUGGUGAAGCUGACGGAGAAACAGACGAGAGAAGUGCACGGGAUUCGACUGGUCGAUCUGCAGGUAUCACCCUCUUCAGGUGUGGAAGAGAGUGAAAGGACGCAAAAUCAAGUGGAUGAAGACAAUGCUGAAGUCGUUACAGUGAACGGUGCGCGGCUGAAAUCCAUGCGGGUGCUGAACCCGUACGAACGCGAGCUGGAUGAGGCCAUUUGGAUGGCGUUCCGCUCGAACGACUUUGCCCCGUUCUUCCAGAUUUACCAUGCACAACGACCCGAACUUGGGGCAUCCCCGACGUCGUUCCAAAGGUCAGCUGACGGAAGCACUGCAUUGAUGGCGGCGGCACUGCAUGGACGCAGCGAUGUCAUUGAAGUGCUCCUGCGCUCUGAUGCUGCCAGUGUGCUGCAAGAAGACUGGACAGGUGCUACUGCAGCGAUGUUUGCGAACCGUGGCGGUCAUUGCAACGUGGAGACUGCACUGCUUGCGUGUGAAAAGGUUGAGCGCGAAAAGGACUACGUGUAUGACGUAUACUGCAUUGACACCUCUGCAAGUGAAGGACAAGACAUCGCGUGUGGCGCAACUGCCCGAUCUGAAAACGGCUCCGAACAAACCAGCGUGCAUGGCGUACCGAUUGUCAGUGUCAGUUCGCAGGUGCAACAGUGGCUCAUAGAGGAUGUACCGAGUGACGAGAUCGUAGAGGAGUACAUGCUGGAAUCCGACAUUGACAGCAACGAAGAAGACGACGGCUUGAGCGAUGAUUCGAACGACGAGGACAAUGCAGCAAACGACUAUCCAGACGAAGAGUCAUCGGACGAUUCUUUGGCCGACAGUGAAGACCUAGACGAGAUUGGAGCGAGACGCUACCAGCAACACUCUAAAGACGAGUAUACUGAGCAAGACGGAUUCGACUACUAG